GCCAUGGAUGGACCACUCCCGUGGAAAGGAAUCAAGAAUCAAUUAGAAUUGAAGACAGGCCACUUUUAAAAGGGGAAAUAUUUGCAUCAACUUACCCCAAAAACCCAGUCAAUGCCCUAGGAAGUAUUUUCGUUGAAAUUUAACUCCGCUCUCUCUCUCACGUAAAGCAGUAUAGUAGGCAGGGGGGUAUCGUAGAACGAGCUAAACUGUUCUCCUUCAAUCAGCCUUCUUAGAUGGCACACUAAUGGUGAGCUUCGGUUCCACCCUUUUCCUAGAGCUCUUUUUUCUCGAUUUUAACUCUGGUUCCAUGGAUCGUAGCUAGCCUGCCGGUUUUUUUGUGCAGCGUAAGGUGAGCUCUACAUACAAGUCUCCAUGAGGUGGCACUCACGAUAAUGAAAUAGUCAACGUAGCGACCCCCACCACCACCACCACUCUUCUUCCCGUAGACUCUUUUGCCAUGGUAGAUUCGUUUGAAGGUAGACUGUAUCGUACCGUACCGUAGCGCACGAUGUGUAAGAUGUUUUAAAACAACAAACAAAUACAUGAUUCAAACAGGGAUUCUGCACUGCAAUUAGAUUGAACAUCGGCAAAGCCCUCUACCCCGAUCCCCUUGGAAACAAACUUCAAUCGUGUUGUUCUUCUGUUUAGAGCGCAUUCCCUUUGCGAAACUAGAACCAAGUGUUGGUGUUAAUAUUUAUAGUGCCACCCUACCAGGCAACCAUCAGAUGGAGCAGUCGACGCGAUGACGAUCGCUUUUAGAAAAUGGGAAUGACGGUUGACGGUGCCGGGCGGAAGCAAUAUUGCUUCCGCUCCGUGAUGGUAACGAAGCGAAGAACCACAGCAACUACACGAACACAGGUCAAUCAACAAGUAAUCAGUAUUCAAAACAAUAACUUUAAUGAUAAAGGGUGCACAUGAUCGAUAAGGUGGUAGCACCCCGUCUGUACGCCAUCCCCCUUAUAUCACAAUUUCGCCCCAACACACACUGCGGAUAGUAUUAACGACAAGGCAAAAAGGCAAGAGGGAUGUUGAUCAGCUCUCGUGAGGUACCUUUUAGCGGAACUUGAAGUAUCCGAAAAGGACAAUGAUGAGUGCGGGAAGACGAGCGACGAUGGAUGAUGUAGCAGCGUAGUGUUACUCUUGAAAGGUAAACGCGAAGCGAGGCAAGCGAACGCAUUUUAUAAAUAAUAAAAUCAUGCGAAUGAUGAUGGCAGCCAGCGACAAACCAAUCGAUGACGAUGCAAGAGAUUAGUAUAUCAAUUAACAAUGAAGAUGGUGGAGACAGUUCUAGGGUGAACAAAUCGUGCGAUGGCUAGAAAUUCGAGCAAACAAGAGAAGGAAAUAUCAAUUUUACGUUUCAUCUCCUAGUUAAGUAAGAAAAAACAGAAGAAUAUGAAAAAAUAUAGCGCGAGAGUAAAACAAAAACCACACACACCCCGUUACAACCCCCUGAACCAUCAAUGGUAGGACUAAUAGUACUUUAAUGCUCACGGAGAUGCGAAACUCUCACCAAAAACCCCACAUCCAGGAAAAGCGAAAGAUGUUCAUUUCAUCCUAUACAUACCUGAAUUGAAGCGGCCAAAUUUGACAAGGAAUACAUGGUUUAAAAUUCAAGAUAUAAAACAUAAAAACUCGUUAUUGCAAAUCCGAUCGGAUCUCACGUAAGCUCUAAUCGCUCUAUCGAAUCGCUUAUCGAAUUAAAACGAAUAGGGAAUUUAGAAAACAGUAAUUCAUUGGCAUUCCGUUGUUCAUGUCCGAGUCUGUUUUUCGUAGUCCUGUCUGCACUCCUCUUUAUUCCCUUUCUUCAAUCGGAUCUGUUUUAAAAUUAUUCCUCCUUACUCUUUGGCUAUGUUUCGCAUUUCGUAGAGCUUUAGAACCAGACAGAGCAAGAGGGAGGGUAAGUGUGUUUGUACAAAACCAAAAAACAUAUUUGCUUCGAUUAUUCGAGGAAAGAGACAGUAGAUUUUACGAUUGUCAGUCGAUUGGUAUCAUACCUUUGAUAGAACAAUUUCAAAACCGUCCCUGAAUAUCAAAAUCUUUAGAAAAUAAAUGAAAUCAUUCAACUCGGUUCCUUCGCGUUGGAACACCGCAGGAAGCCACGAUUGAAAUCGGUUUGUUCAGGGUCACACCACACCGAGCGAACCGAUCUAUGGUUAGUAUGCUUUGCACUUUACGAUCAAUUAGAACGCGAUACCGCAUUCGAUUGUUAAGUUCACCAUCACCUGCACUAAUCUCAUCGACGGGGUUUUCGAUUUCCCGUUCGUUCUAUCGCCUACUGUGGUAUCUGUAAGGCUGCAUCAUGGGUUUUCUCUUCAAACGAUCUGACUCUGUUUUGUUUUUGCAAUGCCUGCCUCAUCUGGCCAUCGUUGCGGGAUCAUCGAAAUUACUAUUCUCUGAUCGGGAACACGAAACCCGUACAAUAAGAUAAAUAUGUGGUACAAUUACGAAGAAACAAUCACUGCUAAGAAAUCCCCUAUUCCUAGAGCGGAGGCAGCCGAACCUAUCGACGAACACACACAAAAACACACAGAUAUAUAGUCAUCCAAACUUCCGAGCUUGAUCGUUAUAGGAGAGAAGGGAAAAAUCUAUAAAAAAUCAUUCUUGCAAAUCCAAUAAUACUUGAAAUACGAGAAAACUAAUAUAAUUACCAGAAAAAAAACAAUGAAAGGAAACCCCCCAAAAGAAACACACUGUAAUGGAUGCCAACGUCUGAAAUAAAUGGUGCAGAAUAAAGCAAGG